ACUUGCCGUUGCUGCCGCCGCUCCCUCCCGUCUCGUCGUCCGCUCGGCUCUGCUCUCGUCUCCUCCUCCUCGCGCGAGUUCGCCGGCCCGCCGAUCUUCCGUCGUCCUGCUGUUACAUCCUCACCGAAUGGCGCUCAACGAGGAGUACACAUAUGCGGAGCUGGAGAAGGAGCCCUACUGGCCAUUUGAGAAGCUGAGGAUCUCGAUUACCGGAGCCGGCGGGUUCAUCGCGUCGCACAUCGCGAGGCGCCUCAAGGGCGAGGGGCACUACAUCAUUGCCUCCGACUGGAAGAGGAAUGAGCACAUGGCCGAGGAGAUGUUCUGCCAUGAGUUCCAUCUUGUUGACUUGAGGGUGAUGGACAACUGCCUCAAGGUGACCACAGGGGUUGACCAUGUCUUCAACCUCGCCGCCGAUAUGGGAGGGAUGGGCUUCAUCCAGUCCAACCACUCUGUUAUCAUGUACAACAACACCAUGAUCAGCUUUAACAUGCUCGAGGCCGCUAGAAUUAAUAGCGUGAAAAGGUUCUUUUAUGCUUCAAGUGCUUGUAUCUACCCCGAAUUUAAGCAGUUGGACACUGUAGUUAGCUUGAAGGAAUCAGAUGCUUGGCCUGCAGAGCCUCAAGAUGCAUAUGGCUUGGAAAAACUUGCUACUGAGGAACUGUGCAAGCACUACACAAAGGAUUUUGGCAUCGAAUGUCGUGUUGGCCGCUUCCAUAAUAUCUAUGGUCCCUUUGGAACAUGGAAGGGUGGAAGGGAGAAGGCACCUGCUGCUUUCUGCAGAAAAGCUCUAACCUCCACUGAUCGUUUUGAGAUGUGGGGGGAUGGUCUGCAAACUAGAUCCUUCACGUUUAUUGAUGAAUGUGUGGAGGGUGUCCUCAGGUUGACAAAGUCUGAUUUCCGUGAGCCUGUAAACAUUGGAAGCGACGAAAUGGUCAGCAUGAACGAGAUGGCUGAGAUAGUCCUCAGUUUUGAGAACAAGCAGCUGCCCAUCCACCACAUUCCAGGUCCAGAGGGUGUCCGUGGUCGCAACUCCGACAACACGCUCAUCAAAGAGAAGCUUGGCUGGGCUCCAACCAUGAGGCUGAAAGAUGGCCUGAGGAUCACAUACUUCUGGAUCAAGGAGCAGCUGGAGAAGGAGAAGGCCGAGGGCGUUGACCUGUCGGCCUACGGGUCGUCCAAGGUUGUGCAGACGCAGGCGCCAGUGCAGCUCGGCUCCCUCCGUGCAGCUGAUGGCAAGGAGUAAGCUCUCACUCACCCUGUGCAGGAAACAGGCAUCAUCACUGCUACUGGUUUCAGAAUUCAGAUGCCAUAUGAUGGUUGCCAGCCACCACAAAUCCACAGUCUAUACAAUUUCUUGAUUCGGUUUUUGGGCUUGACUUUGCAUAAAGUUUUACUAGUCUGCGUUUUACAUUUCUUUUGUGUUGUAAACUAAACCGCUUUUAUACAAGAGGGUGCUAAAUGGUAUAGCAUUACAGGGGAAAGAUAUCACAAGAACAAUGAAAUUAAGAAUUGAUGAUAUAUGGCCUGAGCUGUUGAGCGUUCUUA